AUGGGCGCUCAAGAGACCAGGGAGGAUGCUAGCGGCUCUUCCAAGAAGCGGCAAAGGCCUGAGUCGGAAGUUGCUGCUGAGAGCGACGCUGCGGCAAGCUCUACUGCGCACGCUGAGAAGUUCGAUGAGCUGAACCUCUCUAGCCAGACGCUGAAGGCCAUCGGGAAGAUGGGGUUCACAAAGAUGACGCAAGUUCAGGCGAGAACAAUUCCGCCUCUAAUGGCAGGUAGGGACGUAUUGGGAGCGGCCAAGACAGGGUCCGGUAAGACGUUGGCUUUCUUGCUUCCUGCGAUUGAAAUGCUGCACUCGUUGAAGUUCAAACCAAGAAACGGGACAGGUGUGAUUGUCAUCACGCCGACGAGAGAACUGGCGCUCCAGAUUUUCGGUGUUGCCCGCGAGCUGAUGGAAUUCCACUCUCAGACAUUCGGCAUCGUGAUAGGCGGCGCCAACCGCAGGCAGGAGGCUGAGAAGCUCGCCAAGGGAGUCAAUCUAUUGAUUGCCACGCCCGGUAGGUUGCUGGACCACUUGCAGAACACCAAAGGGUUUGUGUUCAAAAACCUAAAAGCACUUGUCAUAGACGAGGCUGACCGGAUUCUUGAGAUUGGGUUCGAAGAUGAAAUGAAACAGAUAAUCAAGAUCCUGCCAAACGAGGACAGACAGUCGAUGUUAUUCUCCGCCACCCAGACCACCAAGGUGGAGGAUCUUGCGCGGAUCUCUUUGAGGCCCGGUCCACUGUUCAUCAACGUGGACUCUGAGAAAGAAACGUCAACCGCCGACGGUCUGGAACAGGGCUACGUCGUCUGCGAUAGUGACAAGCGCUUCCUGUUGCUCUUCACGUUUUUGAAGAAGUUCCAGAAUAAAAAGAUCAUUGUCUUCCUGUCAUCGUGCAACUCCGUCAAGUACUACGCGGAACUGCUCAACUACAUCGACCUACCCGUUCUAGAGCUCCACGGUAAGCAAAAGCAGCAGAAGAGAACGAACACGUUCUUCGAGUUCUGCAACGCCGAGCGCGGUAUCUUGGUGUGCACCGACGUGGCCGCAAGAGGCCUGGACAUCCCUGCCGUCGACUGGAUCAUUCAGUUCGAUCCCCCAGACGACCCUAGGGAUUAUAUCCAUAGAGUAGGCAGGACGGCCAGAGGCACCAAGGGCAAGGGAAAGUCGCUGAUGUUCCUGACGCCACACGAACUUGGCUUCCUGCGCUACCUCAAAGCAGCCAAAGUGCCUUUGAACGAGUACGAGUUCCCGGCAAACAAAAUUGCCAACGUCCAGUCGCAGCUCGAAAAACUCUUGAAGACCAACUAUGAGCUCAACAAAAUCGCCAAAGACGGCUACAGGUCCUACCUGCAGGCCUAUGCAUCCCACUCGCUCAAGACCGUCUACCAGAUAGACAAGCUCGACCUGGUCAAGGUUGCCAAGUCCUACGGCUUCCCCGUCCCGCCAAAGGUCAACAUCACCAUCGGCGCCAGCGGCAAGGCUCCCGCGGCCCACAAAAAGAGAAAGCUGGCCAGAGACUGA